AUGAAUGUCUUCGAACUCCGACUUUCCGUAUCGCUUCUCCUGGUCGAGACCCUCUUCUUCCACGGCCUUGCAACCCAACACUUCCGCAGAAAAGCGCCGACAAAAUUGCUUUCAUUUUUCUAUGAAGUACGCAAGCUGUUCGUUUGUACAUUUACUUUCGCCAAUGCUCGCCCCUACCACAUAGACUUGCCCGGUUACCGGGCAAUUGUGGCCAUUAACGGGGUAUGCGGAGACUGGUUACCAGGUGGAUGGUUACCGGGGGUCGUUAAUGGGGGUGGUUACAAAUGGGUUACCGGGUUGAUCGUUACUGGGCAGUAA